AUGCCCGUGGUCAACGUCGACGACCUGGUUCGCCUGCAACGAAAACCUGAGGACAUUCGAAAUAUUUGCAUUUUGGCUCACGUCGACCAUGGCAAGACCUCACUGACGGAUAGUCUUAUUGCCACAAAUGGCAUUAUCUCGCCCAAGCUGGCGGGCAAGAUCCGGUAUCUCGACUCAAGACCAGACGAACAACUCCGAGGAAUCACCAUGGAGUCUUCAGCCAUUUCCCUGUUUUUCUCCAUGCUGCGUCGGUCCAGCCCCGAUGCCGCACCGGUGCCGAAGGAGUAUCUGAUUAACUUGAUCGACUCUCCGGGACACAUCGACUUCAGUAGCGAGGUGUCUACAGCGUCGCGUCUCUGCGAUGGAGCAAUUGUCCUGGUUGAUGCAGUUGAGGGAGUAUGCAGCCAAACAGUCACAGUAUUGCGGCAGACAUGGGUCGAGCAGCUGAAACCUAUCCUCGUGAUUAACAAGAUGGAUCGAUUGAUCACGGAACUCAUGAUGAGCCCGGGUGAAGCCUAUUCACAUCUAAGUCGGCUUUUGGAACAGGUCAACGCCGUUAUUGGUAGUUUCUACCAAGGUGAGCGUAUGGAAGAGGAUCUGCAAUGGAGAGAGCGCAUGGAAGACCGUGCCAACUCAUCUGCUGCUAAGGACAAGUCCAAAUCCAAGAUCUUGGAUGACGAGUCAGCUCAGAGCGUUGGUGAGUUCACUGAGUUUGAGGAACGUGAUGAUGAAGAUCUUUAUUUCGCACCUGAGAAGAACAAUGUCAUCUUCUGCAGUGCAGUUGAUGGUUGGGCUUUUACCAUCAGACAAUUUGCUGCGAUCUACGAAAAGAAGCUUGGCAUCAAGCGCACAGUCUUGGAGAAGGUGCUCUGGGGUGACUUCUACUUAGACCCGAAGACCAAGCGUGUCCUCGGCCAGAAGCAUCUCAAGGGCAGAGCAUUGAAACCCAUGUUCGUGCAGCUGGUAUUGGAUAGUGUGUGGGCUGCUUAUGAGGCUACAACAGGCGGUGGUAAAGGAAAAGGGGACCCGGUAUUGCUCGAAAAGAUCACGAAGUCCCUGAACAUUACCAUUCCGCCCUACGUUCUUCGAUCUCGGGACCCAAAGAACAUUAUGACCACUCUCUUUUCUCAAUGGCUGCCACUCUCAACUGCUGUCCUUGUCUCUGUGAUUGAAUACCUUCCGAGCCCACCUUCUGCACAAGCUGCUCGGCUUCCGGAUAUGAUUAAGGAUUCACCCGGCUCCGACUACAUUUCUGAAGACAUCAAAAAGGCCAUGGUCAGUUUCAAAACCGAGCUCAGUGAACCGGUUGUAGCCUAUGUCAGCAAGAUGGCUGCUAUCCCAGAGAGCGAACUAUCGUCAAGCAAGAAACGUGGCGGUGCAACAAUGACUGCGGAUGAAGCCAGAGAAAUCGCACGCCGCAAGCGAGAGGAAAUCGCCAAGAUGCAAGCUGAGGCAGGUGCUGGCCAAGGUGACGAGUUCGCACGGAUGACAUCAGCCUUUGAGAAUACUUCCUUGGUCACCGAAACGGAGGAAUCCGAGGAGGUUGAAGAGACUGAAGAUCCCGAGCAUCUCAUCGGAUUUGCCCGAUUGUACUCGGGGACUUUGUCAGUCGGUGACGAGGUCUACGUACUUCCACCCAAGUUUUCGCCUGCCAACCCACAUGAGAGACCCGAGCCGAGGAAGGUCACCGUCACUGAUCUAUAUUUGCUUAUGGGUCGGAGCCUUGAGCCCCUCAAGUCUGUCCCAGCUGGUGUCGUCUUUGGUAUUGGAGGUCUUGCGGGCUACGUGCUCAAAACAGGCACUCUUUGCAGUCAGGUAGAGGGGAGCAUCAACUUGGCGGGUGUUUCGCUGAACACGCCACCAAUUGUGCGUGUUGCACUUGAGCCGGCCAACCCAGCAGACCUGGGCAAGAUGGUUACUGGCUUGCGUCUUUUGGAGCAGAGUGACCCGUGUGCCCAAUACGAAGUACUUCCCAGCGGUGAGCAUGUUAUUCUCACUGCCGGUGAGUUGCAUCUGGAACGCUGCGUCAAGGACCUCCGCGAGCGAUUCGCCCGCUGUGAAAUCCAAACCGGCGAAGCCAUUGUUCCUUAUCGCGAGUCUAUUGUUGAAACCCCUGAAAUGGCUGCACCAAAGGAGCCCGAAAUGGGCCGUGGAGGUGUCUGCAUGGUAUCCGGUUCUAAGCAGAUGACCAUUCGACUACGUGUGGCGCCGUUGCCUGAGACUAUGACCGACUUCCUUACCAAACAGGUUGGCACUAUCAAGCGACUACAGUCGGAUAAGCGAUCUGCGGCUGAAGACAAGUCUACCGCGGAUACUGGCGCCGAUGGUACAGUCGAGAAUGGCCAAUCGACCGAGGUUGCGGGUACAGAUGCUGCCGGUGAAGCACGCGAGGGCAACAUUUUGUCUUUAAAGGAGUUCAGAACAGAGUUUGAGAAGGUAUAUAAGGAAGCAGACAGUAACGAGAAGCUUGGAAAAGAUCUUGUCGACAAAAUAAUUGCCUUCGGACCCCGGAGAGUUGGACCUAAUAUCCUUGUGGAUGCUACUGCUGUCAACACUUGCGAGAAAUUCCUGGUUGAUGACCACAAACAACCCACCAACGUCUCUGAUGACCAGCAGGCCCACCUAGUUCGUGACCUGUGCGAUAAAAUUGCCUACUCAUUCCAGCUGGCGACUGGCCAAGGACCGCUUUGCCAGGAACCAAUGCAAGGUGUUGCCGUUUUCUUGGAAGACAUCUCGGUACAAACCAGCUCAAACGACGAACUUGAUAUGGGUCGUUUGACCGGUGAUGCAAUCCGACUCGUCCGUGAGGGCAUCUCGCGGGGAUUCUUGGACUGGAGUCCCCGUGUCAUGCUUGCAAUGUACAGUUGCGAGAUCCAAGCAACAACCGAGGUUCUGGGUCGAGUCUACGGUGUUAUCACCCGUCGCCGUGGCCGGAUUAUCUCCGAGGUCAUGAAGGAAGGAACCCCCUUCUUUACAAUCAUGGCUCUGCUCCCCGUCGCCGAGUCAUUUGGCUUUGCCGAGGAGAUUCGAAAGCGUACAUCUGGUGCGGCCCAGCCGCAGUUGAUCUUUGCAGGUUUCGAGGCCUUGGAUGAGGACCCAUUCUGGGUUCCUGCCACCGAGGAGGAACUGGAGGACCUGGGUGAGUUGGCUGAUAAGGAAAACGUUGCUAAACGUUAUAUGGACGCGGUGCGCAGUAGAAAGGGUCUGGUCGUGCAGGGUCGGAAAUUAAUCGAUGCAGAGAAGCAAAAGACGCUCAAGAAGUAA